GACCACGUCUCCUUCCCUAUAUACAAACACUCUAUCGCGAUCUUAUACCACCACUACCACUUUGUUAUGGACGGACCCGGUAUCAUAAAGAAGGGCUAUAACCAAUUCAAAGAUAGCUUGUUCGAAAUUCCGCGGACAUUCCGCUUCGGACAGGUCGUCUUGUGCGCCCCAGAAUUAAUCGAGGAGUUGAAGAACAAAAAGAGUACUCUUGUAUCUCCCGAGCCGUGGAUCGAUCAGGUUGACUUGAGCGCUACAAUCUACGUUUCCUGGCUAAUGAAAAGGUUUCCGCAGCUCCUUCAGAUAUCUCAUGUAAUGCCGGGAUAUUUUCCUGCUGACAUGGGAUGGCCAAAAAUCGCCAAAACAACACCCGGUAUGAUUCGCGGCACAGUAUACAAGAACUUGGAUCGGUAUAUACCCUCUAUAAACGAGGCAAUCAUCUCCCAGUUAAAACUUCUGGAGUUCAAAGACGGAGAAUGUGUGGUCGGCUCUUUUGAUUUCGGAUACUCGAUCGUAGCACGCAGUGGCAGCAUUUCUAUGGUCGGUCCACGGCUCGCCCGGGAUGAAGAAUAUCUCCAUGCUGUAAAGGAGCAUAUUCUCGGAAUGAUAGUUACUACUCGAGUACAAUUCCUUGUGCCAGAUUGCUUGAAACGAUACAUCGGUGGAUUUAUCAGCCGUAUUGUUAGUUUUGGAACUAAAUGGGAUAUGUUGGCCUCGCGCAAAAUUCUAUUAAAGCAUUUCAAUGCACGCGCAGGUGAAUAUCACGCUGAGAUAUCCAAUGGCAACGAAGUCAACAGUGAGGCUAGCCUCGACCAAGCAGGUGAGCCUGUUGAGAUUUUCCGCUGGCUGUAUGAGAGCUCUGUGCUUCGAAAUCGAUGGACAUAUACAGAGGUGAUAGGUGAACUAUUGCUUCUACAAUUUGCCUUUAUCUAUACUACAUCCUAUGCGCUUUACGGAGCCCUAACCGAGCUAGCCCGCCGACCCGAAUAUAUUGAGCCCAUACGUGAAGAGAUUGGGCGGACAUUUUCCAAAUUAGGACCAACCCUUCCAGCUUGUAAUAAUAUGGUCUUGACGGAUAGCUUUCUGAAAGAAUGCCAACGGCUACAUCCUCCUUCGGCGCGGUCUGUACAACCAAUCUCAAGCUUUCUAACGGUUGGUUUCCCCGGGCAGACCAUCAGGCUGCUAGGUGAACUGACAACAUGGGACGAACAAACAGGUAUCACACUCAAGCAGGGGUCCCACGUUGCAGUCCCAAGUGGAAUUAUCCAGCGUCUCAGCGAGCACUAUGAAGACCCUGAUGCUUUUGACGGCUUCCGUUUCGUAAAGCGUGCUGCAGCCGGAGCCAAGAACACCCAAUUGGUCGAUCUGAGUCCUGACUACCUUGUUUUUGGAAUGGGAGUGCAAGCCUGUCCUGGGCGAUGGAUGGCUGGCGCACUUAUGAAGCUGGCCUUUGCACAUAUCCUGACUCGUUAUGACAUACGCCUGCCUGAUUCGUCUCCUGGGGCCUUGACUGGCUCGCUUUCAUUCGAGGAGUUUUAUGUUCCUAACUUCAGGCUGAAGAUUGCGCUUCGCCAGCGCAAGUAA